AUGGUGCGCCCCCGCCUUUGCAAGGCCAUCGUGGUUGCGGCGCUCCUGCCCUUCGUCCUCGCCGCUCCGCCUCUCCCAGAGCGGCUAUGGAGCGACCUGGGCGACUUUGCCUCAGAGAGUGCCGACCACGUCUCGCCCCUGGUGUCGACUGGAGAGCAACAAGGCUUCCACUGGGCGGAUCAGGUCGGACAGCCCGGUGCACAUGGCUACCACCAUUUCGAUCCCGACCACUUCGAUGGCGGUUUACCUCCUUUGACUUCAUCACCGCACGCGGGCUGGAGCGGUCAGCACUACGGUAACCUAGAACAUUUCGGUCAAGGACAUGGUGGAAACCUCCCUGCCGAGAUGUACUCACGCCCGACAACGCACGUCGAUGCCGCGGCCGGCUUCCAGCCCUUUGCGCACCAUUCGCACGAUCACGAGCCGCUCCGCUGGUCGCCGGAGCCGUCCUACUUCGACUCGAACGUGGACCCCUCGCCUCCGUCGCCCGGGCCCUUUGGCGCCCUGGAGUCGCCUUUGCGCUCACCGUCGCCCGCUCCCGCUCCCGCUGCACACAGACCGUCGCCCUAUGGUCGGACGACUAAGCGGCCUGCCGGCUCCCUCGACGGUGAAGCAUCUGGAUCGCGCGUCAGCGAUGCCGUCGCGGCCGCUCGCGCCACCGAAUUGCUCGACCCGUCGCUCAAGCAGCACCUCGACAUCUUUGUCAAGUCCCGGCAUGCCGACGAUGCCUUUUCGGCCGAGGCGGCAUCGCAGCAGAGCCUGUUCCCGGCGCGGCCGCACAAGUCGCGCGUCAUCCGAAAGGCGCCCGCGACGGGAAAGCAGACGCAGAUCGUCGUCGCGGCCAUCAAGGAGCGCCUCCGCGCCGUCCUGGGAGACAAUCAGGAGCUCGAGGACGGGCUGCGGGAGAUGACGACCCGGCGCGUGGACUGGGACGCGAUGAAGAUGAAGAUCUUCGGCCAGAGCCACGAAAAGGUGCUGCUGCAGCCGGCCUCGGAGGCCUGGUCGGUGCUGCGCUCGAGGCGCACCUUUUUCUGGGACGCUGGCGCCUACCGCAUCCGCACCGUGGGUCCGCACACCAUCGCCGAAGAUCCGGACGUCAUGUCGUACCACGUCGUCGCGUUUCCGAAGGUGGCCGACGGCGGACGGGGCAGCUCGCUGCCCGUCAUCUACUUUGACGAGAUCCUCGGACCCAGGUCGGUCCUCGCGCAGCAGCAGGCCGACUGGCGCUGGAACGAGCGCGCGCGCCGUGCGCGUCGGGAGGCGAGACCGGUCGCCUCGGGCGAUGCGUGA